AUGUCCUACCCCAUCCGCCUACCGUCCGAUGGUCCGCUGGUCACCGUAACGCAUCCCACGCCCAUUAUCUGGCUGCUAGAGCUGCACAAUGGCCUGGACAACCGCCUGACCGAAACGCUGCUCGCGAAAGCGCUGCUGCCUGCGCUGGACGCCGUGGAGAGGGCGUGGCGCGAGAGCUGGCGGGCCGCACAGAGCGCGAAGGAUCCCGAAGGCGGCCGGGGCGCGCUGAUCAUUGUGGGGAACCGUGCGCAGAACAGGUUUUUCAGCAACGGUUUGGACUAUGACAAUACCAUGAACACACCUUACUCGACGACCAACUUCAUGCCGUUGGUAUUCUGCCCCGUCAUGAGGAAACUCUUGACAUUUCCUAUCCCGACUAUCGCUGCUCUGAACGGACAUGUCUUUGCGGCUGCCUUGAUACUCUCGCUCUGUUGCGACUAUCGCAUCAUGACAGACGGUAGCAUCCGGCGAGCAUGGAUGUGUAUGAAUGAGAUUCACUUCGGUGCAGCAAUACCGGUUGCCUUCACCGCGGUGAUUCGCGCGAAGGUCAGCGACACCCAUGCGCAACAGGCAAUAACGCUCGAGGGCCGUCGCUUCUCCCCACAAGAAGCACAUGAGGUGGGCCUGAUUGACGACAUCGUCAAGGGUGACACGGAAGCGGUCGUAGCGAGAGCACAGGAGGUAGCCGAGGGUAAGGCCGCAUUUGCCAGAAGCGGUGCAUACGGCGUGAUCAAGGUGGAGCUGUAUCGCGACGUGUGGGAGGCAGGCUUGAGAGACCUGAUUCUACCGAGUGUCGGCGCUGAUGAUGCGGCCGCGAAGGCGCGGUUGUGA